AUUCAAAUGGUUUAUCCGUUUACACUCGGAGCAGAGCCGACUCUGUUUACACUGUUACCAUUCCAUCCUCCUAUGCGUUAAUCAUUGAUAGGCAGUCAGGCCGUCAGGCAGUGUUGAUAUGAGAGGUAUUCCAAGUUCUAAGGUAGACUGUACGCAGCGGUACCAGCGGUACUCUAAGGUUUCAUGGAAUGUGCUGUGCAAUCAAGGUUAUAACCGCAGUGGUUAUAACUAGUGCUAUGCACUGUAAUGUUGUCCACUGCUGUGCGUCGCGCUGCCAACGCCUUCCGGAGGUACUGUGCCCAAUCGUAGAGCAACAGUCUGCCUGAUCCCGUGCAACAAUGGCAUCGCAAGCUGAGUGCAGGCGACGGUCUGACAGGCGCCUUGGAAGCCAGGCCAGCCAGGCCUCGGGACGGCGCUCGUGAACCGAGCGACCGUCGGAUGCAGCAGUGAAGAGCCCGCGCGAGACACUGGCAUGCACCUCGCCUCCAAGCUGCCCGCAUCAACCCUGUGUCGGACUGCUCUGGCCGUUGUGGCGUUUGUGGCCGCCUUCGCCUUCAUCCUGGUGAGCUACUUCGGCGGCGGCUCGUCGACGCGCCUCUCGUACCGCUGGGUGCGCCUGCAGCCUUCCGCUCGCCGGACAGCGCCCCAGGCCCGGCCCGCCAACGGCAGCACGGCACGCGUCUUCGACAUGGACGGCUCGGACGUGAUCGUGUUCCUGCAGAUCCAGAACGCCGGCGCCAACUUCUUGGAGCGCCGGCUCAUCGAAGACCUGGACCUAGCGCGGCCGUGCGUCUGCCGCAGGGGCAGGAAGCUGUGCCGCUGCCGCCGGCCCCACAGGGCGGGCUCGUGGCUCUUCAGCCGCUACACGCUGGGCUGGAAGUGCGGAGUGCACCCGGACUGGACCGAGCUCGUCGGCUGCGUCGACCGGGUGCUCGACGAGGACGAAGGGAGCCCCGUUAAGCGGAGGUACUUCUACAUCACGGUGCUGCGGGACCCCGUGACUCGGUUCCGCAGCGAGUGGCGCCGCUUCCACCAGAACCGGGGCUGGCACGGGGCACGGCCGCACCCCUGUUCCGACGACUCGCCAGCGGACGCCCCCACAUGCUUCGAGGCCCGCCGGCCGGACAACGUUUCCUGGGCCGAGUUCCUGGCAUGCCCGGCGAACCCGGCCCUUAACCGGCAGACGCACAUGCUCGCUGACCACGGCCUCGUUGACGGCUGCACCCGCAACGGCUCCGUGGACGAGCCGCUGGCCAGCGGCGACCGCGACACGGUCUUGCUGGCCAGCGCCAAGCGCAACCUGCGCCGCAUGGCCUUCUUUGGCCUGGCCGAGUUUCCCCGGCUCUCGCAGAGCCUCUUCGAGGCCACCUUUGGCGUCCGGUUUCGGCGGACGACAGUGCGGCAGCGGGGGUUCCUACGGAGCCGCUGGAAGGGGCGGCCGCGGGGUCCCCGUGGGGAUGCAGAGGCCGUCGCGUCUGCCAACGGCCUGGACGUGCGAUUGUAUGGCUACGCCAAGGAACUGCUCUUCUCACGGUUCCGUGCCCUCAAGGAGUCUAACCCCGACGCGGAGGAGGACAAAGCGGCGGGCGAAGGGAACUGGGCCGAGGAAGAAGACUUCUUCGACAACCUUUAGGUGCGGCCGAGUGCCUCACUACGGCGUUCGUAAAGCGUCUCCGACCGGUUUGCAUACUGCGUCCUCGAAUGUGGUCCCUCGACUUCGGCCCGGCAGCGUCGUACGAGCGUUGCAUUGACCCCCACCAGGAUCCUGGCAGUAGUACGGCAGCGAAAGGGGAUGUGGCAGGCGCCGUUUUAGCCGUAGGAUGCUCUCUAACUUGACAGUGCACGGAUGCUUUGGCAGCCAGAAGUUGGGACGCCAUGACAAUGGCGACUCGCAUUCGCUCAUACUUUUUGCCACGACUUCUGUGACCAACUGCCAGGAUCACAACGACGUCGCGCGCCAGCCUUUGUGACACCAUUUGCUGCCACUUUGGGACCACUUUCGGCGUGUGGUGGGUGAUGUAGGACGCCAAACGCACCUGUCCAAGACGUGAUUCUUGCAUCGUAGCCUGCCGUGGAAAGGAGGGGACGCUCUCCGUGGCCCCUCUUGCCUCCCGUUCACUCCUGGGCCCGCCCGGUCGUUGGUUUGUUGUCAUAUUUGCCCUGUCCCAUGUCUUCUAACAGUGCCUUUUCUAAAGAGGGGAAUUGCUAAGUUAUAUCUUUGCAAGUUUGAAUAGUUGGCUUGGUUUUUUUUUUUUUUAAUCCACCUCCCGGUGUAUUUUUUGCAGUAUACAAGCUUUUGCGAGGCUGCUGCAAACCGAGAAGGUGUCGUCUCAAACCCGCAUCGUCCCCAUGCCACAUCCGGUGUCAACACUCCCUAUUGGGCGAGUGGUCAAAGUGUGUCAUACGGUGAAGAGGAGGAACGAGGUUUAGAGACCUUAAUCUUAGUUGAGCUGGGCCUCCAUUGGUGCACUCGAGAAAUGGGCAAAUUUUUUUGCGCGUCUCUUACGCUAUUUGCAAGAUUGAUCGUCGAAUUUGUUGUGGCACGCUGAUCCCCAUUUAUGUGUGUGCGAUCGGACUUCCCAGUGUGAUGGUAAGGAUCGCUGUGUUUUGCUCGUACAAAGUGCGCACCUACCCACGCCUUCAAACUCUCAGCAAGACUCCUGAUAGGCAGCUGGCAAACACAGGCAUGUGUUUUUAUGUAUGGCAUUUGUAGACGUGUAUUUAGGGCUCCCAAUUUGUGUGGGUGCAUCAAAGAUGGUUGUUUUGUAAAUAUGCCAGCAUAGCAUUUCUGGCCGCUUAUACUAGUAUAUUUUUACCCUCUUAUGUAGAGGUGUGCGAAUAUUUGGAACUUGGAAUAAUUCGUAAGGCUGCUGGAUUUGCAGGGCUGCUGGAUUAUAUUUUCAAGGCUGUUGAUUAUAUUUUCAAAUGUUGAAUAUUUGAAAAUUAUAAUUAAUGUCUUCAGAACUCCACUUAUUUCUCACAUCGAGCUUCACCAGUGCUCUCACGUCGGGCUUUGCACUGGCGCUUGUCCAUCAAGCUUCUUUGCCUUGUACCGGUGUGCUCGGAGAAGCGACUCACAUGGAAGCGCAUCUUGAUUAGCUCAAUGAUCUUGGAAAAUUUUUUUUACUAUUGUAGAUUGAUAUGAAUGUAUCAAUCUAUAGUUGGUUUUACUUCAUGUGCGAGCAAAGCUGAAGCUACAAGCAUGAGCAUGUUGCCCUAUACAGUGCUUUCACUGCACGAGCGCAAGCUUGGCUGGGAUGUCGAAAGCUCGGAGCUCACACUUGUUGCUUCCACCACGCUUGCGCUUAAAGGCUGACGUACACUCUGCACUUUCUUGUUUGGCCCGCUUCCUUCUGAUAUCCUCUCCACACUUUACCUUGCCCAACUUGGCUCCCCCUCGUAGCUUAGGAGAGGGGAGUGCUAAGAGGGUUAUCUCCCCUGCAGAAAACCGAGGUUGUAUGUCAGCCUUUAAAGAGAAACGGAAUAAAACAGUGAGACAAGCCAACCACACCGUUGUUUAACUAUGGUUGUACAUAGCAUGCGCUUAGAAGCCUCAAGGCCCCAAGGUACUAUUGGCAAAACAAAUUUCAGCCACGGUGUAUUACACUAUCCAGGCUCGAUUUAUUGCAAAAUAUAUUUAAAAAAAUCUCAUUUGAUUGGCACUAAAUUAAACAAAACAAAAAAUUCAUAUUUGAUUUAAAGUAAAAAGAAAAAACUGAUAUUUGCACACCUCUACUCUUACAUUGUUACCUGCAUUCAAUCUAGCCCUAUGUGUUAAUGGGUGGCUAUUUAUGCUUUUUAGUUCUCUCUGCUUGUUUUUUUACACAUUAUGUCUGUAUACACAAGUUAAUUUAUUAUUCUUUACCCUGUUUGACGGAGCGUUGUUGGUCCAGCACCGUGUGUUCCAGCCUUGGCUAUGCUGCAAGUCACGUCCGACAUCACAGUGCUCAGGCUGAGGGCGCGGGUUGUCAAUGGAUAAACCCACGUAACUACUCGUCAUUAGGCUACAAACUUUCUGGGCCUAACUAUAACUGGAAAAUCACUCUUGAUGUUGAUUUACCUGUAAUAAAUUGGUGAAAUUUUC